AUGUCGCUCCGAAGAGACCGCCAGGUCAAAUACUUCCUGCGCUGCCUCAAGACCUUCCUCCCGCACCCAUAUACCUCCAAUGAUUCCAAUCGCAUGACCCUGGCGUACUUUACGCUCGCCGGUCUCGAUCUCCUGGGUGCUCUGAAUACCGGCGCAGAGGACGUGAAACCGGCUGUGUCGGCCGCAGAGCGCGAGGGAUACAUAAACUGGCUAUAUCACUGCCAGGUCUCGUCCUCAGGCGGCUUCCGUGGCUUCACAGGCGCAGAUUUCGGUGACGAGAAGCGGACGCCAGAGAACGAAUGCUGGGACCCGGCCAAUGUCCCGGCUACGUUCUUUGCGCUCGUCGCGUUGCUUAUCCUGGAGGAUGACCUGGCGCGGGUUCGGAGGAGGGAGUGUCUGCUCUGGCUACGCGGCAUGCAGCGUGAGGACGGCUCGUUUGGACAGACUCUGGGACCUGGGGGGAGUAUCGAUGGCGGCCGAGAUCUGAGGUUCUGUUGCUGUGCAGCAGGUAUUCGGUAUAUCCUGGGAGGCGACGGUGAGAGAGAGUUGGACGGCGUUGGAGAUAUCAAUGUUGAAAAGUUGAUAGAUUAUGUCCAGCAGUGCCAGACGUACGAAGGCGGGUUUGCAGAGUCCCCCUUCAACGAGUCGAAUGCUGGCUUGACGUAUUGUGCACUCGGGACACUGUCAUUCCUGGGAUGUCUGAAGCCGGGGACGAAGCUCACGUCCUCGGUUACUCUACGUGGCUCGCCGGAGAAUGAGCGUUUGAUAUCAUGGCUCGUCUAUCGACAGACUACUUUUAUCGAGCAAGAGGAAGAAGAAGAGGAAGACGACGAGGAGGCUGAAGAUGACGAGAAGCCUACCACUGCUGCACAGGACCAGAGCAAUAACUGUACAUCUCUUGAAGAUGCUAUAACUUUGCUGCCAAAUCUAGAAAUAGAUUCACAACCAGACGGGCUCUACGCCGGAUUCAACGGCAGACCGAAUAAAAUAGCCGAUACCUGCUAUUGCUUCUGGGUCACAGGGUCACUCGCGAUGCUCGACCAGCUCAGCCUUGUCGACGCGCAGGCUAACCGUCGAUACCUGCUUGAAAAGACGCAGCAUAUGAUCGGAGGGUUUGGCAAGACCGCUGGCGAGCCACCUGACUUGCUCCAUUCGUAUCUCGGCCUCGCGUCUCUGGGACUAUUCGGCGAAGAAGGACUCGACGGCGUCGACCCUAUGCUCCUUCCGUCCGUCUUCCUCCUCCGCGUCGCCUUCGAAUGGACUGCUGCUGCAACGAGAGACUCGGCCGGCGAACAAUAUCAACAGGCAUCGAGACUGCUUUCCUGCCAGUCGCUGCAUCGCCGUCUGUCUAGACACCUCCGCGCGGCCAGUACAUACUUACACAUGCCGCCACUAAGGUCGAGAGCCGAGUCGCAGCUUCAAAAGGAAAAGCUUGUAAACUCCUACCAUGAGCUCCUGAACGAGUUCUCGUCAAAGGAACUACGGAAUGUCGGAAACUAUGCUCUCGGAAAGCUGAUCGGGAAGGGCUCCUUCGGCAAGGUCUAUCUAGCUACACAUAAACUUACCAAUGGCUCGAAGGUCGUACUCAAAUCCUCAGACCGGGAUGACCCCAAUCUCGCCCGUGAGAUACACCAUCACCGUCAAUUCCACCACCCACAUAUAGCCCGGCUAUACGAAGUUAUCGUGACGGAGAAGCUGGUAUGGCUGGUAUUGGAGUAUUGUCCUGGGGACGAGCUAUACAACCACCUCCUUCAGAAUGGCCCCAUGCCGAUCGAGAAGACCCAGAAGAUAUUUACACAGCUAGUUGGAGCUGUAGCCUACGUCCACAGCAAGUCCUGCGUUCACCGAGAUCUAAAGUUGGAGAACAUUCUAUUGGAUAAACACGAAAAUGUCAAGUUAUGCGAUUUUGGCUUUACAAGAGAAUAUGAAGGGAAAGCGAGCUAUUUACAGACAUUCUGCGGGACCAUCUGCUACAGUGCUCCGGAAAUGCUCAAGGGCGAGAAGUACGCGGGUGAAAAGGUUGAUGUAUGGAGUCUUGGGAUCAUUCUCUAUGCGCUCAUCGCGGGAGAACUGCCAUAUGACGAGGACGACGACCAGGUCACCAAGUCUAGGAUCCUUACCGAAGAGCCCAAGUUUACCGACCGAUUCCCAGACGAUGCCAAAUCGCUUAUCAACCAGCUACUGUCAAAACGUCCGCUUCUCCGUCCGACUCUCAGCGAUAUUCUAGCCCAUCCGUUCCUAGCAGAAUAUGCGCCGCAACAACAGGCAAAUCUGAAGCUCACACGGCCUCCACCUUUCUCAACUCUGCUGGAGAAGGCAACCCUAGAGCGCAUGCGCAGCGCCGGAGUGAAUACAGACCAGGUCAUGCAAAAUGUACUGGCUCAACGCUGUGAUGCUCUGGCAGGCUGGUGGACUCUGCUGAUUGAAAAGGAGGAGCGCAAGGAGAGACGAAGAGAGCGUAAAAGGCGUGAAAAGGAGGCAGAGGCGAAAAAUCUACGCCGACUGAGUGCGGCGAGUAGCCGGCUGGAACGGAUAUCUGCUGCACUUGUCGAGGUCGACGAAGAAGGCCAUCCUGAAGAGCCAAAAGCUAGGGGUAGACGAGAAAGACGAAGCUUAACAACUCCGCAACUGAACAUCCCAGACCUACCUAAACUCCCAGAAACUGCGGCAUCUUCAGAUGGUCUUCUAACUCCUCCACUUCCACCACCGCCUCCAAUCGAAAAGGACUUUCCACGCUCUCCUAGGUCUACUUCUCGCAACCGUCCUGUGCCUCCUCCAAAGGAAAGACGGAUAUCUAAAGGAAGCGCGUAUCAUCUUAGCGCAUCUCAGCCAGACCUUACACGACCACAGGGGAUAUUAAGGCGCCAGGGCACCCGUCGCCGCCAAUAUCCCAUUAUCAGUCAAUUAGCACAGCUCAAACACUGGAUAAUAGAGUCAACAAAACGCACCAAAUCACCACAUCCAAAAUCCUUCGCCGGUUCUUCGACCAUGAAGUUCCUCUCUAACCACUCAAGCCCUCCCAAAAAGAAAGAUUCGCCCAAAGACGCGACCGCAAUCACUCCAACUAACGCUACCUUUGCCCCGAAUCAGCAAACCCCUACGACGAAACGAUCAUCCAACUCGAGCAGCCUGGCACUUAGUAACGCUUCAUACCCUGGUGCAAGGCGGCCUUCAUCAAUAACUCAACGGCCCUUAAAUACCUCAAACUCCCAUCAUCGCAACUCUCUUUCACCGUCUCCGUUAACUCCACGAAAUUCAUAUCGCCGAUCCUCUGCUGGUUUAAGAGGGCGGAAGUCCACGUCCUCGUCCGUUUCCUCUAUUCGCACAGUCCACCAUGCUCACUCCCAUUCCAAAACUUCAUCCAUAUCCUCCAACAGCAUUGACACAAUUUCUACUCCAACGGGUUCUACCACCAAAGGCAUGGGUCGUUCUCCUCAUUCUUCAAUAAAGAUCCUUCCCGCGACGCCGAACUCCAUGUCCGUUUUCCCGAACAACAUCCGGCUGGUAAGGGGGGGUCCUAAUAACAACCUGACCAGUGCUUUCAACGAAGCUGCACCUUCUCUUAUUCCUUCGCCUACAUCAGGUCCUAUAUUUGCUCGCAGGAAGCGAGCUACGUUCAAGGGGCCUUCGCUCACCUCAACCCACAUGCUGUCAGGCAGUGGCCCGGGCACUCCCAGCCUGAUGCGAAGUAGGGCCAGCAGUGUAGCUUCGGGCGAAAUAUUGAUGACUGGUGCUAGGAAGAGCCAAAUAAUCGAAGAGGAAGAGGAUGAAGUGCUGGCUGACGAUACCACGGAAGAGGUAGAUUGUUUUAGCCCAACCGAUGAUCGGGCCCCGGCUUUCCCUGAAGCCACCUCGGCCGUUCCGUUGGAUGUAGAUUAUGCUACCGCAAUCGCCGCUGCUGCCACGAUGGAUAUAACCCAGCCUCGCGCUGAGGCCGAACAUGAAGGCUGUUCUGAUGGUCGACAACUCCUGCCCGCUGCUGAGAUUACUGAGUAUCCUCCCUUUUCGCCGAUGUCGCCAUCAGAACACGAGCAAGCGGUUGUACGCCCUCCCCGUUCAUCGUCGCUCCGAGAAGUGAAAAACGGUUCACCCGGCAGUACAAAGGCCAAUGACUCGUUAGAGCAUAUAGACGAAGCCCUUUCUUCCGCCCAGGAAAAGCCUUUGACUGACAAAGGCCCUUAA